GCUAUUCACUUUUCGUAUUUUCACUACAUUUGAGUUACACAAUCGAUCCCCGGGCGUUUAAAUUAAACGCCGGUUAUCUUCCGUUCAAUAGUGGGUGCUUUCCAUUUACUGGCACAAGUUGACACAAGUCGACUUGUGUCGUCAAAAGUGCUUUCCAUUUGAUUUGUGUCGGCAUGUGUCAGCAACACAAGUCGACUCGAGAAGACUCUGUUAGAGUGGUGAGUUGACGAGAGUAUCUGUGUUCCAUUUAUUCGUUUUCGAGAGUCGACAUGAGUCGACACGAGUUGACACAAGUCGACUUGUGUCGUCAAAAGUGCUUUCCAUUUGAUUUGUGUCGGCAUGUGUCAGCAACACAAGUCGACUCGAGAAGACUCUGUUAGAGUGGUGAGUUGACGAGAGUAUCUGUGUUCCAUUUAUUCGUUUUCGAGAGUCGACAUGAGUCGACACGAGUUGACACAAGUCGACUUGUGUCGUCAAAAGUGCUUUCCAUUUGAUUUGUGUCGGCAUGUGUCAGCAACACAAGUCGACUCGAGAAGACUCUGUUAGAGUGGUGAGUUGACGAGAGUAUCUGUGUUCCAUUUAUUCGUUUUCGAGAGUCGACAUGAGUCGACACGAGUUGACACAAGUCGACACAAAAGUCAUGUAAAUGGAACGCACCCCGUUGGAGGAAUGUAAAAAUUCAGUAACCUGAGUUAAAAUUAAGUUUAACACUGAACUGCGUCGGAGGAAACGGGCGUAAGACCGUCGCGUGAACGUAGUCAGUCAAUUUUAGAACACAUGUUAGUUCGACAGAUUUGACAGAGCUGAGAGGGUACCUCUAAAAUAAAGAAAAAAAGAAUAAGUUUAAAAAUGUCAGACAAUCCGAAACGUGUUCUAUUGUUCAGUGGAAAAAGGAAAUCAGGGAAGGAUUAUAUUACGGAUUUACUUAGUUUGAGGAUUGGGUCAGCUCAAAGUGUUAUCAUAAAAAUAUCUGGACCAAUAAAGACACAUUGGGCAAAAACUUUAAAUCUUGAUUACAAUAAAUUAAUUGAAGAUGGACCGUACAAGGAACAAUAUCGCGGUGAAAUGAAUAAAUGGGCUGAAGAGAUCAGAGACAGAGAUUAUGGUUAUUUCUGUCGUGAAGCCAUUGACAUGUAUAACGGGCAAUGGAUACGAAAAUGAAAAGAACGAUGUCAAGUUCGAGAUCUAAUUCAACUUCUGAUUCUGACGAUGGCAAUGAGAUUGUUGCAGUCUCAAAAAGAAGUAGAAUAGACACUUUUGAUACAUCUAGUAGCAAAGAUAGUAUUCCGUGCAUUUUAUCAGUUCUGCGACAUGUGAAAAUACUUCUUUGGAUGGUAUAUGUGAACAAGAGAAUUCAGUUCGCUUUACUGAAGAUACUGGGCCACAGUCAUCGCUAACUAACGAAUCUAAACCUAUUGACUUUUUUAAUCUGUUUAUCGAUUCGUCCCUGUUAACAAUAAUGGUUUGCGAAACAAAUAAGUACGCCGAACAACUAAUAAAAUCACUUGACAUCACCCGCGGAUCUCGAAUGAAGCUAUGGAAACCAGUUACUUUGCUUGAAAUAAAGGCGUUUGUAGCAGUUUUAUUGGAAAUGGGAAUAACGAAGCGACCAACAAUGGUUUCUUAUUGGGCCGAAAAUUCAAGGAACAUACCCUAGUUUUCAAAAAUGUUUUCGCGGAAUAGAUUUCAGCUUAUUCUUCAAUGUUUUCACUUAGUUGAUAAUAAAGAAUGCUCCCCGCAGGCCAUGAAGAGUACGGACUAUUCGUAAAAUUUACGCCAAUAGUUGAAUACGCGAAUAGAGUAUUCAAAUUGUACUACGAAACCGCAUAAAGAAUUAUCUAUCGAUCUAUCGAUCUUGGUAGGAACUUUAUGCUGUUCGAAAAUCAUGUAAUAUCUGCCGAAUAAAAAACACCACCGAUGGGGCAUCAAAUUUUGGAUGCAUUGCGACGCAGUAUCCAAAUAUUGUUUAACUUUUUACUGUUAUAAGGGCGCUAAAGAAAAAACUGGUACUACUAAGUCACAAGAACAUGGACUUGGAUAUGAAGUCGUUAUAAAUUUAUUGGAGCAAAGCCAGUAUUUAAAUAGAGGGCAUCAUGUAUUUGCCGAUAAUUAUUUUAGUAGUAUCGCUUUGGCCAAAUAUUUACAUUGCACAAAUACAUACUUAACGGAAACAAUUAGAACUAAUAGAAAAGACGUACCUGGCGAUAUAAAAACAACUAAGGUUAAUGAAGCAAAAUAUGUUCGAGAUGGUGAAGUACUUUUUUGUGGCUACCGCGAAAAUAAGUCUGUAAAAAAACCUGUAUUGUUAAUUUCGACGCAUGCUUCUGAUGACAAUACCAUUGUAAUUAAAAAACGAAAUGGAUACGAAAGAAGUAAAUUAAAACCAUGCGUCAUUGAUUGUUAUAAUCGUUAUAUGGGGGGAGUUGACGAAUCAGACAAAAUGUUAUACGUCUAUUUGGAUGAACGCCGCACGGUAAAAUAUUGGAAGAGAGUUACGUUUAACAUCAUUGCCCGUAUGGUAUUAAAUUCAUAUCUACUUUAUAAGGAAGUUACCAAAAAGAAGCUAAUCAUUCGAUUGGAAUUUACGUCAAGCAUUAUAUCUGAAAUAGAGCAUGAAUAAAUACAAGUCAAAAACCAACAAAUGAUAAGUUAUAAUGAGGGAAUAUUUGGUUUAGUGAAACUACCAGGCAAAAAUUUAAGAUAGUGCGUAGUUUGUAGUACUAAAAUUACUGGUAUAAAACGAUCGAAUUUAAUUUGUGUACAUUGCAGAAAAGGGCUUCAUACAUUAUGUUUUCAUAAACAUGUUUGUUUUAAAAAUAAUGAUUAUUAAUAAUCUUGUUUUAUAUCUAUUAUAAAUAAAAUGUUAUAUUAUA